CGCGCACACAGUGCUUUCCCACCGCUGUGGAGAUAUAUAGAUACAGGGAAGGAGUAUAGAGCUAGCGCGCGGACCCCCUGACUUUACGGCUCCCACUUUCAGCACCAUGGAGAGCGCGCGGGCUGCCCUGGCUCUGUGCGCGUGGCUCGGCUGGUCUGCGCUGCUCGUGGCUCCCGGUGGAGCCGAAGUGACCUGCGGCUCGUGCCCGCGGCCAGCCCGGAUUGGGAGCGCGACCGGAGCCCUGCAAAUGGACCAGGGUUUUGGACCCAUUGCGACGUUGGAUAAGUCGCUGGACAGCGCUCGCGCCGACUUUCGCCCGACCGCGCUUGUUUUGGAAAGUGCGGGAGCGCGCGGGCGGAGCCCGAAAGUGGCCGCGAGUACGGAGGAGGGCGCGGAACGCUGGACACCGCCGACAUCCAGGCGCAAAAGAAGCGCGCCGGGUCCGGACCCUUCUGCCCAACUGACCGGGCGCAGGGACCCCAACCUGGGCGACUCAGAGACCCCUUCGGAUGAGCGCACGAGGAGUCACGGGCUGCUGUUGGAUGGCCGUAGGGACGGAUCGGACGGUCGCUGGAGCCGCGACGACGGUCGGGUGUCCGGUUCAAAGCUGGACGAAGCCAAACUGACCAGCAGUACUUUCGCCCUGGCCGGAGACUCGGCGCAUAACCACGCUGUGGUCUACUGGACCGGACAGAACAGCAGCGUGAUUCUUAUCUUGACCAAGCUUUACGACUUCCACUUGGGCAGUGUCACUGAGAGUUCCCUAUGGAGAUCCAUGGAUUACGGCACAACUUACGAGAGGCUUAACGACAAAGUGGGAGUGAAGACGGUCCUGAGUUAUCUCUACGUCUGUCCCACCAACAAGAGAAAGAUAAUGGUGUUGACCGACCCAGAGUUUGAGAGCAGCCUACUCAUCAGCUCGGACGAAGGAGCCAGCUAUCAGAAAUAUCGCCUCAACUUCUACGUCCUGAGCCUCCUCUUUCACCCUUCCCAGGAGGACUGGGCUCUGGCCUACAGUCACGACCAGAAGCUGUACAGUUCCUUUGACUUUGGACGGAAGUGGCAGCUCGUUCACGAGCGAGUGACCCCCAAUCGCUUCUACUGGUCAGUGAGUGGUCUGGACCGGGAGGCUGAUCUGGUGCACGUGGAGGCACACACUGCAGAUGGCCUAUGUCAGUACAUGACCUGCAGAGCCCAGGCUUGUUCAGAAUCCAACAGAGUCUUUCCCUUCCCCGGCUACAUCGAAACCAACUCGCUGGUGGUGCAGGACGACUACAUUGUCAUUCAGGUUACCAUGGCAGGCCGGGCGUCUUAUUACGUGUCCUACCUGAGAGAACCUUUUGUGCGCAUCAAGAUACCCAAGUACUCCCUGCCCAAAGACAUGCACAUCCUCAGCACGGAUCAGGGUCAGGUGUUUGCAGCAGUGCAGGAGUGGAACCAGAAUGACACUUACAACCUGUACAUCUCCGACCCGCGUGGGCUCUACUUUACCCUGGCCCUGGAAAACAUUAAAACUACCCGAGGCCUGGGGGGCAACAACAUGAUCGACUUGUAUGAGGUAGCAGGAAUUAAAGGCAUGCUAAUUGCUAACAGGAAGGUGGAGAACCAGGUCAAGACCUACAUCACCUACAACAAGGGUCGUGACUGGAGGCUGCUGCAGGCGCCCUCUACUGACCUGGAGGGCAACCCGAUCUACUGUGUGCUGCCAUUUUGCUCGCUGCACCUACAACUGCAGAUGUCAGAAAACCCCUACCUGUCGGGCAGCAUUACCACCAAGAGCUCGGUGCCGGGAGUCAUCGUCGCUACAGGAAACAUUGGAUCAGAACUGUCCUACAAUAACGUGGGCAUGUUCAUUUCAUCAGAUGCUGGCAACACCUGGAGACAGAUAUUUGACGAGGAGCACAACGUUUGGUUCCUGGAUAAAGGGGGAGCUCUGCUUGCAGUCAAACAGCCCACAGUCCCCACCAGGCAUCUCUGGAUCAGCUUUGAUGAAGGACAGCAGUGGACGCGACACAGCUUCUCGGCGAUGCCGCUGUUCGUGGAUGGAGUUCUAGUGGAGCCAGGCAUGGACAAUCAGAUCUUGACGUUUUUCGGACACUUCAGCGAUCGGUCGGAGUGGCAGCUGAUCAAAAUCGACUACAAGUCCAUGUUUACCAAACGCUGCACUGAAGGCGACUUCCAGACGUGGCAUCUGCAUAAUCAGGGCGAGCCGUGCGUGAUGGGCCAGAAGCAGCUGUACAUGAAGCGCCGGCCGGGUGUGUACUGCAUGCUGGGAAAGGAGUCGUCCAGGAUCCUGUCAGUCGAGCCCUGUAUAUGCAGAGCUCACGACUUCGAGUGUGAUUACGGCUUUGAGAGGAGAGGAGAUGGGAACUGCAUGCCAGCGUUCUGGUUUAAUCCUGCUACGGUGUCACGAAGCUGCAGCCAAGGCCAGAACUACCUCAACAGCACAGGCUACCGCAAAGUGGCAGCAAAUAACUGCACCAAAGGGGUGAAGGAGAUGUACACGGCCCGGAAACAACAGUGUCCCAACCGGCCUCCGCGAGGCCUACAACUGGCAACCCGAGACAACAAGCUGACAGCCAACCUGGGCAGCAACGUCACCUUUGUAGUGCAGCUGGAGGAGGGGGACUCGCUGAGGACAAAUAUCCAGUUGGACUUCGGGGACGGGACGGCUGUGUCCUAUUCCAAUCUCAGCUGGACAGAGGAGGGGAUCAGACAUGUGUACCGUAGCGCUGGGAUCUUCAGGGUCACCGCCCUCGCUGAGAACAUCCUGGGCUAUGACAGCACGUCCCUGUACCUGCACGUCACCUGUCCCGUGGAGCAUGUUCAGUUACUGGCUCCGUUCGUGGUCAUUAAGAACAAGGAGGUGAACUUGACUGCGAUGGUGUGGCCCUCUCACUCCAGAACUGUCACCUAUUUCUGGUGGCUGGGGAACAGCACUGAGCCGGUGAUAACACUAGAAGGCAGUAUCUCCCACGUGUUCACAGCGGAGGGAAUGAAAACGGUCACAGUGCAAGUUUCUUCUGCCAACUCUUUACUUCAAGACACCAAGACCAUCGCUGUGCAAGAAUUCUUCAAGUCGCUGCUUUUAUCUUUCUCUCCGAAUCUGGACGAGGCCAACCCUGACAUUCCGGAGUGGAGGCAGGAUGUAGGCAGGGUAAUUAAGAAGGCUCUGCUCCAAAUUGCUGAUAUCCCCGCUGAUCAACUCCUGGUAGCGGUGUUCCCUGGAAUUCCCACAGCUGCAGAGCUCUUUAUCCUGCCCAGCAAGAACCAGAGCGACGCCAGGAAAAGAAACGAGGAGGACCUGGAGCAGAUCUCAGAAAUCCUGGACAGCGCACUGAACCAGAACUUGGUGGAGUUUGAGCUGAAACCAGGAUCCAGAGUCAUCGUUUACAACACGCAAUUAACCUUAGCUCCGUUGGUGGACUCCAUCCCCAGACACAGCAGUUCUGCCAUGCUGAUGCUCCUCUCUGUGGUGUUCCUGGGUUUAGCAGUCUUUCUCAUCUACAAAUUCAAGAGAAAAAUCCCCUGGAUUAAUAUAUACGCCGAGGUGAACCAUGAGAAAGAGCAGGAAAUGAUUGGCACUGUGGGUCAGAACGAUGCCACGACGUCCAAAAUCACUCUCAGCGAGUUCUCCAGCCCCAAAGAGCUGAUGGAGAAGGAGCUGGAAGUCUGUGUUAAACGAGGAAUGAUCAACACCUGCGAAAGCACAAGAGAGAUCCCCAACUGUACAAGCGUCUGAACGCCAAGAAGAACCAAGAGGACUUGGAACGAGACAAGCCUUGAAGUGCAAUGUAAACGUAAAAGUGUACAGAAGUGUCGCCAUUUUGAAAGUCCUGUAUGUUUUUUGUUUUGUUUUUUUUCCCUUUUCUUUCGGUUUCCUUUUUUUUGUAAUUUCAGAAACAGUCAUUGUUAAUAGUUUUCUAAGGACCUCGUUUAUACAGAUUUGCAUGGGUGUCUUGUUUGAUAAGAUCUACGCGGAGGAUCUAAACACACUUAAUGAGACAUUUUUAAUUAUGAUGAAAAACGGCCUCGGCAGCGAGAGAAAAUGAGGCGCCGACUCAAAUCGAGUGGCAAACCCGAAAAACAUCGGGCCUUUUUUUCCGCAAAACUUCUCCAUGAAUAUUGUAAGACUAAGUAACUCCAGAAUGUGUUGAUGGCAAAGUGUCCGCUCCGGAUGACUUCCGCUGGAUUGACGAGGCGUACUGCGGCGCUCUGGAACGUACGUGCCGCAGAUACAAUGGGAACGUCGCAGCUUUUCUUAUCGUUUCCGCCGCAAAAACGUAAUGGUACUUUUGUUUUGAACAUCAAUCAUAGCUUUACGCUGAAAAACCACAUUCAGAUUCACAAAAAAACGAAAAGACAAACCGCACAUUUAUAGUUCUUUCAAGGGCAUUGCGUCAUCACCGUCAUCAGCUGUCUGAAUCAGGAACACUUUCACCUGCUUCAUCUUAAACGCUUUUAUUUCUUUAUUUAUUAUUACUUUGUUUUUUUUCUCCCCCUUUUUAAACGUGCAUAGGGUCAGCAGCUUAUUUGCAUAUCAAUUAAAAUCUAAGCCACUCAAGUCAAUAAAGUCAAGUAAAUUAUGCAAAUAAACAGACACCGGUAUGAAUAAUUAUUUUGUUUUUUGUUUUUUUUCCAAAGGUGAGAGAAAGUUCAGACAAAGGGUCUCCUAGCACAUGGCAAGGUUUUUACAUUGCAAUCAGAUUUUAACAGUAUUAACAUUUGCUCGAUUUGAAUUUUACAUCUGAUUGCACAGAUGAAGCAGUAAUUCAAAAAACAAAAGGAUGAUGAAUUACAAUAAGUAGUUGAAUUUGUUUUCUAAAAUAAAAUAAAAAAAUAUCUUAUAUUUCUCAUUUCAAGAUUUAUGUAAGAAUAAGAUACUUAACUUAUUUCCGAUUUACUUGCUUUAAGUGUCAGAAGUUUAUAAAUUUAAAUGAACAAUGCAGAUAUAUACAUAAAUAUUAAAUUCUUUUAAAUGUGUAAAGCACAUAAUUUCAUAAAAUUACAGUAAUUAUGCACAUAAUUUAGCUAAUUUCCACAAAAAAGGGGUACAAAUUUGCUCAUUUCAAGAAAUCUUCCAAACAGUUUGAGCUGUGAAUUUUAAGAAAUAACAACAAUAUGUGUUUUAAUUAGGCUAAUAGUUUAGACCAUUUUAAGGAGAAUCAAUGCAUACAAUUUUGUGAAUUCAUACAAAAAAAAAGAAUUUUCAAAAUGAUGUACACAACAGAAACCAGAAAUAAGAAACAACUUCUUAUAAAGUUCAAGAAUUAAUGAAGAUACUGUUGCUAAAUUCAAGAAAUGAUUCAAUAGAAUAGUUUGACGAUAAUUUAAAGAAAGAACAGGGAGAAUUUGUUCUAAUUUAUGAAUGGUAAACAUUUUUUUCUCAUUCCUAAAGAUUAUGAAUACAAUUGUGAAUCUUAGGUAAUAACAGAGAAAUACACAUUUCAAGAAAUAUAAUUUUGUAAAUUUAAAAAAGGCUAAAUUAAGAACAUUAUGAACAUAACAGAAACCAGAAAUGAGAAAUAAUGCAUACACUUUUUCUAACUUCAACAAAUAGUUCUGAUACUUUUGCUAAAUUCAAAAGAAUUAUUUAGACAGUUAAAAACAGAUCAUUUAAUGAAAUCAAAAUCAAUCAAUCAAUUUUUCAAAUGUUUUUUUUUAUCAUAAUACAUGUUUAUAAGGUAUGUUACGCAAUGAAGCUGCUUGAAUUUGACUGUGACGAUAAAUGCUAUUCUCUAUUCAGUGCAUUUUAUUACACUUGAUUCUGACAAUUGCUGCCCAAUUCAAGUUCCUGAUUAAAGUGAUUUAAAAUGUUUUAAAGUGGCUUUAAGACAGAACCAAGACACUAGUGGACAGAUUCUGUAAUACAUACAAUUUUGUGAAUAGAAAAAAAGGCUAAAUUAACAUUAUGAACAUAACAGAAACCAGAAAUGAGAAAUAAUGCAGAUACUCUUGCUAAAUUCAAGAAAUUAUGUAGAUCGUAAAAAAACUGAUAAUUUAAAGAAAUAAUGUUCUAAAACAAUUUUUUUCUAUUUUUUUUAUUUAUCAUUAUACAUACUCAUAAGGUAUGUUAAGCAAUGGAGCUGCCUGAAUUUGACUGUGACGAUAAAUGCUAUUUCCCUAUUCAGUGUAAUUUUAUUACACCUGAGUCUGAAAAUUGCUGCCAAAAUCAAGUUCCUGAUUUAAAAUGGUUUAAAGUGGUUUAAAGUGGCUUUAAGACAGAAUCAAGACACUAGUGGACAGACUGAUAAAAAAAA